AUGAUAAGUGCGAAUCUAUUAAUUGAUCACAAUGAUGGAAUUUAUCAAUGCCAAGUUUCAGAUGACAUAUUUGACUAUUUAAUAGAACCUUCCCAAGAGAAAAAUGAUCAUAGGACAGCAUACUGCAAGUUAAAAUAUUUAAUUUACUCCAAUAAUAAUCCUUCCAGCUUUAUUGUUAACUGUAAGGGGGAUUCAACCCUACCAAUUAACCAUAUACGUUUAAAAGACACGCUAUUAGAUGUUACAACAAACGAUACUUUUAUUAUCAAUACAUGUCAAAUUGAAAAGUUGGAUCUUGAGAGCACGACCAUACCUAUUUUAAAAGAAGUAACUUUAUUAUUCAAUCCUUCUCUAUACAAUAUAUUAAUACAAUUACCAGAUUCAAAAGAUAUUAUGGAAUUUGUCUCAAAGAAGUUUGGUGUGGAAGAAAAUAAAACAAUAAUCCAUUCUGGCAAGUUUUUGUCCUAUAAAUGGUGCAAAACUAUUAAUACAAAACCUUGUUUACAAGGUAUAGUAGAUUUUAAUAAAACUAAAUUCAUUAUCGUGAGUGAUACAAUAGGUACACAAUUCAUUGCCAAGCAACCAUUGUUAUUGAAUCCAGACUUGGAGAUUGGCAUAAAGACAUCUUUAAAUGUGUCUUUAAAGUGCUUGGAACAUAAAAGGUAUCAAGAUUUAAUAUUAUGUAACAAUGGAACUCUCGAAAAAAGUGUUGACAAAUCUUUGGUUAUAUUGACUGAUAGAAGCAUUUUAAUUCAAUUAGAUCUUGUUGACGGUUCGUAUGUUGAAUUAUCAAAUAUUGAUAGCAACCAGAAGGUCAUUUCAAAUAUAUUUGCAUUUAUUGAACCUCACAAGAUGGAUCUAUCUACAGUAUAUGUAUCACCAAGAUUAAAAAUGCAAUUCAGAGAUACAAAUCAAUGUAUUCUUAAAAAGUCAUCAUUUAGUAUUAAGGAUAUUCCUUUAGCCAAAGAGAUAAUAUUGACAAGAGUCAAUGACAUGUACCAGAAUGAAAAAAUAUAUCAAAAUAUAAUUUCUAAAGAGAUUAAGGAUUUUUUUGUGAAAGAACCACGGCUAAUUAAAAGAAAUGAGCUAAUUCCAAUAACUUUUGAUUCGACACUUACUAUGCUACCAAAUAGCUAUGAUCAAUUAGAGAAUUUAAACUUGAAUUCUCAUUCCAAGCAUGAUUGUAUUACAUGGUUCAAAAUAGCAGAUAUCAGUUCCAAUGAGGAAGAUGAUGGCAUAAAUUUAGAAAAAGAUGCUAAAUCUAUAUUUGAUUCUGAUAUUAACUAUUAUAGAGUUGAUCCAUUAGAAAAUGUUAAAUUGGUAAGCGAAAAUGUUGUUUAUGAAAAACCUUUCGCUUUAAAACAGUGUGAUUAUAUAUCGUAUUAUGAUUUACCACCAAUAUUUAAUUAUAAUCUGAAACAUUUCCCCUACGCAGCAAAACUUCUUAAAAUUGUUAAUUCAACAGUUGAUUGCAUUCAAAAAGGUAUUCCAAUGAAAAUAUCGAUUAUGGUUCAUUCUACUAGGACAAGCUCAGGAAAAAAUACAUUGAUAAGAUGGUUAUCCUUAGAGUUGGGAAUAAAUCUGAUUUCAUUCGAUUGUCGUCAAAUUAUAUCUAGCAUAGCUUCUUCUGAUUCAAUUUCAAAAAUUCUCGGCACUAUAAAGGCUAAGAUAAGUAAUAACAUACAUAUGACAAAUAUAUCAACGAUUGUUUAUAUUACUCAUUUGGAAGAACUAUUCACUAAAGUUGACCCAAAUCAAGAUUCAAUCACUUUUAAAUUAUCUACUUCUUUGGAAACAGAAUUUCUGAAUAUUAUAGAAAAAUCUAUGGAAACUAAUAAGCACAUCAUAUUUGUUUAUUCAUCAAAUAACAUCGAAAAUAUCCCCAGUAAAAUUAGAAGUAAGAUUAAUUUUGAGAUAAAAGUACCUGUUCCUACUGAAAGCCAAAGAAAGGAUAUCUUUCAAUGGUAUCUUUCUGUAGAUAGAUUGAAUUCUGAUUGUUUAAAAAAUGAAGAUUCAUCCAUUCGGUUUAUUCAAAGUAGCGAUAUUGAUUUGAGUCAAUUAGCUAUCCACUCUGCAGGUUUAACACCACUGGAUAUCAAAUAUAUAGUUCAAAAGGCUAGAGCUGCAUCCUAUAAUGAUAUAAUGGGAAGAAACAGUCCAUAUGAUAUGUUACUUUGGAAUCAUUAUACCAUAUCAGUAUCUAUGGAAAAAUUAAAAGAAUCUAUAUCUUUUACUCGUGGUGAUUUUUCUAUAUCCAUUGGCGCACCAAAGAUUCCUAAUGUUACUUGGGAUGAUAUAGGUGGUGUUGAUAUAAUAAAGGGAGAAAUCAUGGAUACUAUAGAUAUGCCAUUACGACAUCCUGAAUUGUUCCGUUCAGGUUCCAAACAAAGAAGUGGUAUAUUGUUUUACGGACCACCUGGUACUGGGAAGACACUAAUGGCUAAAGCAAUUGCUACUAACUUUUCUCUGAAUUUUUUCAGUGUAAAGGGUCCAGAAUUGUUAAAUAUGUACAUUGGUGAAUCAGAGGCUAAUGUUCGUCGUAUAUUUCAGAAGGCAAGAGAGGCAAAACCGUGUGUUAUUUUUUUUGAUGAGAUUGAUUCUGUAGCACCUAAAAGAGGCAAUCAAGGGGAUUCAGGAGGUGUUAUGGAUAGAAUUGUGUCUCAGUUAUUAGCCGAACUGGAUGGUAUGACAGGAAACGGUGAUGGAAUCUUUGUAAUUGCAGCAACAAAUCGUCCAGAUUUACUUGAUGAAGCAUUGUUAAGGCCGGGAAGAUUUGAUAAGCUGUUAUAUUUGGGAAUAGCUGAUACGAACGAGAAGCAGUAUAACAUAUUAAAGGCACUGACAAGAAAAUUUACUUUAUCUGAGGAUGUGGAUCUUCAUGAGAUUGUAGACAUUUGCCCCUUCAAUUACACAGGUGCAGAUUUUUAUGCACUUUGUUCCGACUCUAUGUUAAAUGCCAUGACUCGUGCAGCCAAGACUGUGGACAGUAAAGUUGAUCAAUAUAAUAAAAGUGCUAGUAAAAAGUUAUCCAUACGACAAUGGUUUGAUAAAAUUGCUACUAAAGACGAUAUUACGGUGUCUGUUCGAAUGGAAGAUUUUCUUAAAGCACAGUCUGAAUUAGUUCCAAGCGUCUCUCCAGAGGAGUUUAGUCAUUAUCUUCAAAUUAAGGAAAAUUUUGAAGGCUAA